AUGAAUAUAUCAGAACUGGUACAGUCGUAUCAGGAUCUGUCCGGGGAGCAGGCCAAUCACAUCAAUGAGUAUGUGGCACGGUCGCUGCUGCACGUGGUGCACACGCACAUAAUGAGCGUGACGCCAUCGCUGGUAUUGAUUCUCUGCUGCCGCAACCAGCACACCUGCAACUUCUACAACGAGAUGAUGAUCAUACUCUUCCGCAGCUGGGGCAUAGCUCCGCUCCAGAUUGUGAACGUGAUGCAGGGGAUACGAGGCCGGCAUAUUCCCGGUCGCCGACACUUCAAUCUGAUAUUCACGGACUCGUAUGCGGCCUUUGCGGAGAUCGAGGUGGAGGCAUAUUCCCGGGAUUACGCAUACAAUGAGCACUAUUACAUCUUUUUGCAGGCGCGGGAUCAUCUAAUGUUUGCCGAAAUGGGGCGCAUCUUCGAGCACUGCUGGCGCCACCAGCUCAUCAAUUGCAACGUUCAGGUGCAGCGGGCCAACGGGGACAUCCUGGUGUACACCUAUCAACCGUUUGGAGCACACAGCUGCGCCAAUAUGACGCCACAGCUGAUCAAUCGCUACAAUGGCAGCCACAUGCUGCAUCCACAGCUCUACCCCCGCAAACUGACCAACUUCUUUGGCUGUCCACUGCGCAUCGCACUCUGGCAUAUGCCUCCAUACUGCUUCCUCUCUGACUCUGAUCCUGCUCGCAUCACUGGCGGAAUCGAAGGGCGCCUCCUUCAGACGAUCAGCCAGCGACUCAACUUGAGCAUCCAAGUACGUAUCCCACCUCCGGGACGGUUGCCACUUCGCGAAAGAAUGCUGCAGAUGUUGCAUCGCGACGAAGCGGAUCUUACCGUGGGUGCCAUUCGGCCGACGGUGGCCUACAGCAAAUUGGCGACAUCGUCGCACAACUAUUAUCAGACAAGCAUUCGGUUUGCUGUUCUGCGCAGCCAUUAUGAGUUGAGCUCCCUGGACACUCUGCUCUAUCCAUAUCCAAGGAUCAUUUGGCUUGGCAUCUCGCUGGUCUUUGCACUCUCGCUGCUGCUGCUGUUGGCCAUGGACCGAGUGUUGGCAAGCGAUCCGGGCUCCCUCUGGCUGAAUGUGCAGCUAAUCUUCGUAGGCAUGCCAAUGGAGCAGAUUCCACGCUUUAGCUGCAAGCGGUUGUACUGCAUCAUGCUGAUGGUCUACACGCUGCUCAUACGCACCGCCUAUCAGGGAAUGUUGUACCAUUUAAUACGCACCCACCAGUUGAACCGACUGCCCCAGUCCAUUGAGGAGCUGGUGGCCGACAAUUACACAGUGAUCAUAUCAACCGGAAUGUACGAAGUGCUAGCCGAGAUUCCCACUAUGCGGCACAUGCGAUUUCACACAUUGGAAACGGAAACCACCCUGAUGCAACCCCUAAUUUAUAUAGCAGAGCAUCCUCGAGUCAAGCGACAGGUAGUCGCCAGUGUUGUGGAUAUAUUUCAUAUAUUCAAUCACAUGAGAAGCUAUAAUGCUCAUGUUAAUGAAGAGCGGAAUGCUAAUCAAUUCGAGAUAAUUUCCCAGGAUGUGAUUAACUUGCAGAUGAGCAUGUACCUGAGGAAGCACUCAUUCCUGGUCGAUGAGUUGAACGAGCAGAUCAUGUCGAUGCGUUCCGUGGGACUGCUGUCCGUUUGGACGCACUGGGAGCUGGACGCUAACAACGACUUUCCUUCGGAUCAAGUAUUCCAUUUUAAGAUGCUCGGCCUGCAGGAGCUCUACGUCCUGUUUGUGCUUGGUAUGCUGGGGAUGGCAGUCAGCACGAUCAUAUUUAUAUUGGAGCUGAUCUCGCAACGCUCGACGCGACUUCAACGUUGGUUCGUCAACUCCUAAGCGAUCCCAUUUCCAAAACGAAAACUUAUUUGAAUAUAAAUGCGCCAA